CCGGUUACUUACACAUGUGGCCGGAUUUCAUGCGUACUUGUAAAAGUUUUGUGUACGCAUGCAGAAAGAGAAACCUGCAACUACUCAUUAGUGCUUCCAGUUAAAUUCUGAAGUUUAAUAUCUUAACAAUCAAGAAAUUAGAAACGUUCAACAUCAAAUGAACUUCUAGGCACACUGAGGAACUGGAAGGAUGAACACUUCAGACACCAAUGAGUCGCCUGAGGAAGCCACUGCAGGCAGGGUCAGUAACUCCGCCUACUUUACAAGUUACGGUGACCUGGGCGUACAUGAGCUCAUGCUAAAAGACAAGCCUCGCACACUUGCAUAUAAAGGUUUCAUCGAGAAAAACUCGCACCUGUUUAAAGACAAGACUGUGCUGGAUGUUGGGGCGGGGACAGGCAUUCUCUCCCUUUUUGCUGCCUCUGCCGGUGCUAAAAUUGUCUAUGCUGUGGAGGCAAGUGGAAUGGCAAGUGCUUGUGAGAAGAUUGUGGAACAAAAUAACUUAAAAGAUCGUAUAGUGGUGAUCCAUGGCCGUGUGGAAAGUGUCGAUCUACCUGUGAAUAAGGUGGAUAUAAUUAUCUCCGAGUGGAUGGGAUUCUAUCUGUUCCACGAGUCUAUGCUUGACUCUGUGAUUGUGGCUCGUGACCGAUGGCUGGCUCCUAGUGGUCUCAUGUUGCCAUCAGUUGCCACUCUGUAUAUGAUGCCUGUUUCUAUGGAUGACUACAUCUGGGACCAUUUUCAGUUUUGGGACAAUGUUUAUGGGUAUGACUUAUCGCCCCUGAAAUCUACUGCCAUGAUGAAUGCCAUUCAGCAACCUGUUAUCACAACAUUAUCCACAGACGAACAGCUUGCUGAACCUCAAACAGUGGUGGAUCUGAAUUUGUACGAAACGACACUGUAUGAUAUUGAACAGAUGUAUGCCAAACUCAGUUAUAAGAUUCUAACAGAUAGCACUGUGCAUGGGUUUGCUGCAUGGUUUGAUGUGGACUUUCAAGGUCCAGCGGGAACAUCUCCCCAGAACAGCUGUACAUCUGUGACUCUGUCUACAGCCCCUGGCUCCUCCCCUACACACUGGAAACAAACUGUGUUCUUCUUACCAUCUGCCUUCUCUGUCCAGGAAGGGGAGACAAUCACAUGUAAACUUGAGCUAAGUCAGGACCAGAAAAAUAAGAGACAAUACAAUAUCUCCUUGGAGAUGGUUGAUAAGGACGAGGAGAGCGAGGAUGACUUUGACACAGGAGAUGAUGAGGAGAGUUCUAACCACCCUGUACCCUGUACAUGUGGAGCCUCACGGUGCCAGCUCAUCACAGCCAUUAUGGACAAGUACGAGUGUGAACAUGCCCAGCUGGAACAGGAGGCGGAGCUUGUGGGAGUUACGGCCGAGAGAGAGGCUGCCAAUGAGAUGAUGGGGGAGGAGUUUAGUCCCAACGAUUUAUGAGGGGACAAGAUUUGCGAGAAAACUUGCUGAAAACCUUUCAGUACCAGUAAGGGGAGAGAUCUCAAGAGUUCUAAAUGUCAACACUUCAUUGGUUCUUGAGAGAGGUCGAGAGAAAGAUUCGUGAUCAUGGAAGUGUGAUGUGAAUAUCAAUUCGUGACGGAAGGCAGAAUGUAUUAUUUAUUGUCAGAGGUCAAAAGAGGUCAGAGAAAGUGAUAGAAAAGAUGGGCCUUGCGAUUUAAAUUUCCAAGUUCGUAAUAAGUCACAGAAAAAACUGGAAGUUAGUAGGUGCUAUUUAAAUGUCAGUGGUCAAAAUGUGUUUGGAGGGGGGGUUGUUGUAAAAAAGUCAGGAAGUGUUAUAAUGAAUGUCAAAUGUGCUCAAGGAGUCACCUCUAUUAAGAGACAAUAUGUGACCACUUUAAAUAUUCUUCUUUGUGUCAAUUUCUUUAAUUUUAUUUAAUUAACCUGUAUUAAGAGACCACCUGUGUUAAGACACCACCUGUGUUAAGAGACCACCUGUGUUAAGACACCACAUUAUGGGCUUCAGAAAGGUGGUCUCUAAAUACAGGUUUAUAUACAGGUCUAAAUAAAGGAAAUCAUAUUAUAUCAAAUACUACAUACAACGACAGUAAAGCAUGGAAGACAUCAAGAUGAGUACAAAAAAUAUCCACACUAUGAAGUUAAAGCCUAUACAUGUAGCUUAGAUUGUUGAUCAAAUCACUGCUAGGAGGGCCUAUUAUGAAACUUCACUAUAAGAUGUAUGAGAGGAAUUUACUGGAAUAUCUUUAAUAUAUGAUAAUCAAUAUAUUCUUUAUUUUACUGUUUGUUAAAUAUUAAAAGACUUUUGUGUAUGA